UAAGAGAAGCAUGGGGAGUUGCUAGAGGGAAAAUGGAUUCUUUAUUUCACGUCCUGGUUUCUACCUGUCUUGCCUUGACAUUCUCAGAAGGGUUUCUGAUUAUCCAUGUCCAGAAACAGCAGUGUCUUUCAGAAAAGAGAGGAGUCAUUAUGGAAAAGUGCAACAUGACAAACCUCAACCAGAAGUGGCAGUGGAUGGCAGAUGACAGGCUCCUCCAUGUGAAAUCUGCCCAGUGCCUGAGCAUCUCUACGCGCUCUGCUCUGUCCUCUCGCAGCAUCAUCGUUGAUUGUCCCCAGGCAGUUAGGUGGACUUGCCAUGAAGACGGGCUCCUGAAGGUGGCAAACAGCUCUCUUUUUCUCACAAAGCAAGGUCAGAAGGUAAUGGCUAAGCAGAGUAAAAAAUACCUUCAUACAUGGAUGCAGCUAGAAGCCAGUGAGACGGGAAAACCCGUUUAUGUAAAUCUGUGCUCAAAGCAAGAUCUCCAAGAUGCAGACACUUCUGUAUGGAGUAGUAGAACUACAUUCCCCUCUUCAAAUGCUGUUACUUCUAGACCUGAAAAUAUGCUGAAGAGUAGCACAGAGAUGUUCAUCAGAAAUGUGACCGAACACUUCAGUAAAAAUUCCAUUGAAAAGCUCUACUUUGACUUGAAAUCUGCAGUAACAGAGAAUGCCUGGAUUCCAACAACCACUCUUCAAUACUAUAGCACUACAGAAGAGGCCGCGCCGGAGCAGGCGGGAUGCAGCGCGAACCUGACGGAGCGGCGCGUCUUUGGGCAGAGCGUCCGGCUGCGCUGGGGCGCCGCGGGCAGCGCCUGCAACUUCAGCCUGAGCGGGCGCUCCGAGGACGGGGAGGUGGCCGGCUGCCUGCCCGCCCCCGCGGGCAACGGGACCUACGGCUGCACCCUGCAGGGCCUCCAGGCCGGGACCUGGUACCACCUCCGCAUCGAGCCUCUCUCCGGCGGGGAGGCUCUCAACAUCUCCAUGCAGACAGAUCCCUUGCCACCAUCUCGUUUGGAAAUUAAUAAGGAAAAGACUACACUCACAAGCUUGCAGGUUCAAUGGGUUCCUUCGUCAGGAAAGGUGGACUUGUAUAACCUAAUACUAUUUGAUCAUGAUAAUAAAAAGAUACAAGAAAUCUCCAUACCAGGAAGAAUUUCAAAAACAGAAAAUACUUUUUCUAAUCUCUUCCCUGGAAAUAAAUACAACAUUGUCCUCAAUGCAGUCGCUGGAAAUAGGACUACCCCGGAACUUCACAUAAGUGGAUAUACUGCCCCAGCUGAAGUCUUAGAUUUGACAGUGACUAAUGAUGGCAGCUUAGAUGCUUUAAAAGUUAAGUGGGGAAGACCUUCGGGAAGCCUCGAUUUCUAUAAUAUCACUCUGUCUCAUCUUGGAUCAGUUAAAGGAGUCAAAAUUGUGCAUCCACCAAUCACUGAGACUCACUUUGACAAGCUAACUCCAGGACGUCUUUAUCAGGUUACUGCCCGCACAAUCAGUGGUGAACUGUUUACUGAUGGGAUAGCAACUGGCAGGACAUUUCCCCAGAAAGUUUCGGAGCUGCAGGCUGGCGCUAGCGGCUGGCUGAGGUCGCUGCGAGUGACCUGGCUGCCCCCUGCGGGAGACUGGGAGAGGUACCACCUACUCCUGUGGAACCGCACAGCCCUGCUGCUCAACACCACCCUCGAGAGGAACGCUACCGAGUACCUCAUCUGCGACGUGGGCCUCAUCCCGGGGAGGGAGUACGGCGUGGAUGUUGUUGUGGAGAGCGGUGAUUUGCAGAGCAAGGCUAGUUGCACAGGGAGAACAGCUCCAGAGCCUGUUCUCCAGCUCCGUGUGAAGCAUGCUAAUGAAUCUUCACUUACUGUCAUGUGGAUGACCCCUGUUGCAGAAUGGGACAGCUAUGUGGUUUCCCUAGGAGACAGUGAUCUUGCUAUCAUAAAAAAAUUGCUUGCAAAAGAAGCUAAGGAAUUCACUUUCACUGACUUGGUACCUGGACGAAAAUACACAGCUACCAUCACUACCAUUAGCGGGACUUUAAGCAACUGGACUUCAGUGGAAGGAAGAACAGUGCCAGCCCAAGUGACUGAUCUGACUGUGGCAAGUCAGGGAUCAACCAACAGCUUGUUCACCAACUGGACAAGAGCGCUGGGAGAUGUAGACUCAUACCAAGUGCUACUGAUUCACGAGAAUGUUGUCAUUAAAAAUGAGACUGUUCCCAGUGAAACCAACAGAUAUCACUUCUAUGCUCUGAAACCUGGAGGACUCUAUUCAGUUGUUGUCACCACUGUCAGUGGAGGGAUAUCUUCAAGGCAAACAAUUGCAGAGGGAAGGACAGUUCCUUCCAGCGUGACUGGAGUAACAGUAAAUAACUCAGGUCGCAGUGACUACCUCAGUGUGUCUUGGCUGCCAGCUUCUGGAGAUGUAGACAGUUACUUGGUAACACUGUCUCACGAUGACCAGAUUGUUCAGACUCUGACCAUUUCCAAAUCCUUCAGUGAAUGCUCCUUCAGCAACCUUACUCCUGGAACGCUUUACAAUGUGAUGAUAACCACGAAGAGUGGGAAGUAUGAAAAUUACUCCUUCAGCCAGGAACGAACAGUCCCUUCAAGUGUUCAGGGACUUACUAUCAGCAAUUCAGCUAGAAGUGACUACUUGAAGGUGUCCUGGUUACAUGCAUCUGGAUAUUUUGAUAAUUAUGAAGUCAUCAUCAGGAACAACAACGAUUUCAUCCAAACAAAAAGUGUCCCAAAGGAUGAAAAUGAAUGUGUGUUCACUAAUCUGGUCCCGGGGAGGCAGUACAGUGUUACGGUCAGCACAAGGAGUGGGAAAUAUGAAACUAGUGAAAGAGUCUAUGGCAGAACAAUGCCAGAGUCAGUGAAGGAACUGACUCUUAGUAACAGGAGCACAGAAGAUCUUCAGGUAACUUGGUCAAAGGCUGAGGGGGAUGUUGAUAAAUAUGAGAUUCAACUCCUCUUCAAUGAUAUGAAGAUCUUCCCACCCAUUUUCCUUGGGAACACCAUUGAGGAGUAUUGGUUCACAGCUUUGACUCCAGGACGUCUAUACAAAAUUCUUGUCUUGACCAUCAGUGGAGAUGCACAACGUGCUACUUUCAUAGAAGGCCUGACAAUUCCAAGCGUGGUCAGAAACAUUCACGUGUCACCUAAUGGCAUGACAAACAGCCUGAAAGUGAGCUGGACUCCUGGAGGUGGAGAUGUUGAUUCCUAUACAGUGACCAUAUUUCAGCAAAACCAUCAGCUUGAUUCCCAGAGUGUCUCCAAACAUGUCUCUGAGCACACGUUUCACAAGUUGGAAGCUGGGGAGCAGUACCGGGUGGUGGUGCAGUCUAACAGUGGCACCUUGCACAACAGCUUAGCAGCUUUUGGGAGAACAAUUCCAGCCUCUGUCCAGGAAUUAUUAGCCGAUCACGCUUAUAGCAGUCAUUCCUUGUUAGUAACCUGGCAGAAAGCUCCUGGUGUAGCUGAAAGAUACGACAUCCUGCUCUUGAAUGAACAAGGAGUCCUUCUGAGCAACAAAUCAGAGCCAGCUACUGCCAAACAGCACAAAUUUGAAGAUUUAUUAGCUGGCAAGAAGUAUAAAAUACAAGUUUUGACAGUCAGUGGUGGGCUCUUCAGUAAGCGUGCAGAAACUGUUGGCCGAACAGUUCCAGCAGCUGUUACAAAUCUGAAAGUCACAGAGAACACCACCGAUCGACUGUCCUUCAGCUGGACCACCUCGCAAGGAGAGCUUGAUUCAUAUGACAUCUUCCUGUACAACCCAGAUAAAUCCCUUCAUGACAGGAUUUCAGGAGAGCAGCACCUCCAGCAAUGUUCAUUCCAGAACCUGCGUCAAGGCAGGAUGUAUCGAAUGGUGAUUGUUACCCACAGUGGAGACCUCACUAAUGAGUCAUCUGUUUUUGGAAGAACAGUACCUGCCCCAGUUGUUGGUCUCAAGGCAUCCAACCGCAACAUGACGGACAGUCUGUGGUUCACCUGGGGUCCAGCAGCAGGAGAUGUUGACUUCUAUGAGCUGAAUCUUUACAACCCAAAUGGGACACAGAAAGAAACCUGGCAAAGGAAAGACCUGAAAGAGUGGUAUUUCCAGGGGCUCAUUCCUGGCAGAAAGUACACUCUGGUUGUGGUGACUCACAGUGGUGACCUGACCAACACAGCAAAAGCUGAAGGAAGAACAGCGCCCAGCCCCCCUAACACCGUAUCCUUUACUGAUGUUGCAAACACUUCUUUAUCAGUCACUUGGCUGGGUCCUCCAGACUGGACAGACUAUGACGAUUUUGAGUUGCAGUGGCUUCCAAAGGAUCCCCUCACCGUAUUCAAUCCCUACAGCAGCAGCAAGUCUAAAGUACGCAUCAUCUAUGGCCUGCGACCAGGAAGACUCUAUGAGUUCAGUGUCAGAACUGUCAGUGGCGACAACUGGAAGACAUACAGUCAAUCACAGUCUGCAAGUGUGAGAACAAAACCAGACAAGAUACAAAGUCUUCACUGUCGGCCCCAAACCUCUACUGCCAUCGCGUGUUCCUGGACUCCUCCUGAUUCUGAUUUUGAUGGGUAUAGUGUCGAAUGCAAAAAAAUGGACACUCGUGAAGUGGAAUUUUCUAAAAGGAUAGAAAAAGACAAAUCUCUACUUAAUAUCAUGACUCUGGUUCCUCACAAACGAUACCUGGUGUCCAUCAAGGUGCAUUCUGCAGACAUGACGAGUGAAGUAGUUGAAGACAGCACCAUCACAAUGAUCGAUCGUCCUCCUCAGCCACCUCCAGACAUACGAGUGAACAAAAGAGAGGUGCUGAUUACCAAAUCCUCCAUCAACUUUACUUUUAACUGCAGCUGGUUUAGUGAUACUAAUGGAGCUGUGAAGUACUUUACUGUGGUUGUGAGAGAGGCUGAUGGUAGUGAAGGACCAAAGCCUGAUGAGCAGCACCCAUUACCUUCUUACCUGGAGUACAAACACAACGACUCUAUACGCAUCUACCAGACAAAUUAUUUUGCCAGUAGAUGUGCUGAGAAUCCUGACAGCGACUAUAAAAGCUUUGACAUUAAGCUUGGAGGAGAAAUGGAAAAUCUGGGAGGAAAGUGUGAUCCAGAUCACCACAAAUUCUGUGAUGGACCUCUAAAGCCUCGAACUGCUUAUAGGAUCAGCAUACGGGCUUUUACCCAGCUUUUCAGUGAAGACCCGCAGGAACUCCCUAAACCGCUCUUUGCGGACACCUUCUUCUCUUUACCCAUCACUACAGAGGCAGAGCCUCUGUUUGGAGUUAUUGAAGGUGUGAGUGCUGGCUUGUUUCUGAUUGUGAUGUUGGUGGCUGUUACUGCUUUAUUUGUCUGCAGACAAAAAGUUGGCAGUGGCCAUGAGAGAUCUACAGCAAGGCUGAGCAUGCGCAGGGAGAGGCAACUGGCAGUCCAUCUGAACUUGGGGCAAAAAGGGAACCGGAAAACUUCCAGUCCGAUCAAAAUCAGUCACUUUGAAGCACACUUCACCAAACUUCAAGCAGACUCCAACUACCUUCUGUCCAAGGAGUAUGAGGACUUGAAAGAUGUGGGUCGAAACCAGACAUGUGACAUAGCACUUCUGCCAGAGAACAGAGGGAAAAAUCGAUACAAUAAUAUAUUGCCCUAUGAUACAUCAAGAGUGAAGCUAUCCAAUGUGGAUGAUGACCCUUGCUCAGACUACAUUAAUGCGAGCUACAUACCAGGCAAUAAUUUCCGCAGGGAAUAUGUAGCAACUCAGGGCCCUUUGCCUGGCACCAAAGAUGAGUUCUGGAAGAUGGCAUGGGAGCAAAAUGUUCACAAUAUUGUCAUGGUAACCCAGUGUGUUGAGAAGGGCCGGGUAAAGUGUGAUCACUACUGGCCCCUCGAUCAGGAUUCCUUGUACUAUGGAGACCUGAUUGUUGAGAUGUUGUCUGAAUCAGUGCUCCCAGAAUGGACAAUACGAGAGUUUAAAAUCUGCAGUGAAGAGCAGCUUGACUCAACAAGGCUCAUUCGUCACUUCCACUACACUGUAUGGCCAGAUCAUGGUGUGCCAGAGACCACCCAGUCCCUGAUUCAGUUUGUCAGAACUGUAAGAGAUUAUAUCAACAGGACCCCAGACACAGGACCAACUAUUGUACACUGCAGUGCUGGUGUUGGCAGGACUGGCACAUUCAUUGCCCUGGACCGAAUUCUGCAACAGCUAGAUUCAAAGGACACUGUUGACAUUUAUGCAGCAGUACAUGAUCUAAGGCUUCACCGUGUUCACAUGGUUCAGACAGAGUGUCAGUAUGUGUAUCUACAUCAAUGUGUGAGAGAUGUGUUAAGAGCCAGAAAACUUCGCAGCGAACAAGAAAAUCCCUUAUUUCCGAUAUAUGAAAAUGUGAAUCCAGAGUAUCACAGAGAUCCUGUUUAUUCAAGGCACUAAGAAUGUUAGAGAUACCUACUUUUGUGACCACACUUGAUGACUUGGGGGUUUGUUUGGGGUUUUUUAUGUUUGUAUUUCAUGCACCAGAAAGGUGCCAGACCUUUCUACUGAGACUGUGUAUAAUUUAUUGGUCUGGUGAUUUUUUAAAUAGAUAUAUAAAUUAACUAUAAUAGGUAUUAAUGUAUAUAAUUGUAAUUUGGCAUUAUGUAAAUAUGUAUUUUUUCUAUAUUGUUUAUAUUAAUAUUAUGCUUCAGAUAAUACUAUUUUUUCUUAUCACAGUUUUUAUAAACUGUUCUACAUAAACUAUUUUAAAUUCAGUGGCUAACCGGACUGCUGCAUCUGGGGUGGUAUUGGCAUGACACGGGAAAAAUCCUUUAAGGAGAACCUCAUUUUUUUAACUAGUUCAGUGUUUGUGAGAUGAAAUAAGCUACCAUUAAACAAGGGAACAGUAGUCCUGUAUAGGAAUUACAGUGCUACUCUACACUUCAAACUUACUGCUUUUCAUCUGACAAAAAUGGGUAUAACCCACAACACAAUGGCAUUUUUAAAUUAAAUAAAAUUUACCUUUUACAGGACUCAGUAACAACUGAGCAAAACAGGUUUCACCUCACCGGAAGCAACAGUCUCAGUCUAAUGUGAUAUAGUAGAAAAAUACUGAACAACAUACACUGCCAUGAAGUUUAGCAGACUUGUCUCCCACCACAUACUUUGAGGGGAGACAGGCCACAUUCUGGUUUCUUUACACUGGUUUAAGAGAGCAGAAUCAGACAACAAUCUGUCUGUGCAUUUUCAUGUGUGAAUAAUUCUAAUUAAGAGAGAUGUUCAAAAAAUACCUCAGACGUUUGUGUUAACAGACCUGUAAGGAUGUGAAGUCUGACAGCUUCCAUAGCUCAUUAGAAACAAUGCUGUACCGUGAGAAAUAAAAAAGUAGAUAGAUUGCAAACAUAUUGAAACAAAGAUAUAUAUCUCCAUCAAUUAGCACACCUGGCCUUA